AUGUUGAGAAGUGCUAAAUCGCUGCCUGCCAUCGGCGCUGUCUAUCGCCAGGCCAUACAGAAGGAUAUUCCUAAUAUCUCUAGAGGAUUCGCUCACCAAAGAACAAAAACUGGCUUCUCCAAAGACGAUCUGGCUGUCCGUCCAAACAAGAUUCUUUCCCAGGUGUCCACAAGGGGCGUCCACCAGACGUCCAGGACUCAGCUGAUCAUGGACCUUGGAUCGAGCGGCAAAUAUGCGUCGAUGAACCUCCAGGGCCUCAAAACAGAAUGCAAACGCAGAGGCCUCAAGGUAUCGGGACGCAAGAUCGACCUCGUGCAAAGACUGAUCCAGAACGACACAUCCUCGAUUUCUCCUCCCGUGCUGAGCAGAACCAUCACGACGAAGGCUAAGGCCGCCGAGCCGGCUAAAACAGCUCAGAAGGCCACGAAACAGCCUGCGCGGGAGCUCGGUUCCACUGCCUCGAACCAGGCCAAGGGCGACAGCUCGACGAUCGAUUUCUACAAGGUGCCGCAAAAAUCGUACCCUGUGCCGGACGGCAGACCGCCGAUGAAGGUGCCUUCGCUUUCGACCAAGGCCUCUCUCAAGGACCCGGCUCCCGCCACGGAAACCACCACCGAGACCGUGCUGCAGGCCGUCGACUCGGCCCCGGUCAGCAAGAGCGGCCAGGUCCUGCAGACCACGGCAGAACAGAUCCACGGGGCCGCUGAAAAAAGCCGCAGCGACGCCCUCUUCUUUGGCAUUUUUGGCCUUCUGACGCUGGGAUGGUGGUCCCAGAAGAGCAAGGACGGAAGACAGUAA